CUUCCUCCUCCGCCUCACACCCAUUGGUGGCCGGGCACGCCUGAGUCCAGCCAGUGCUGGGGCAUUCCCUAUCCUUGCGCUCCGGAGGAAGUAGUCACCCCAGCGCGGCCCUCCAAUUGGCCCAUGCUGCUGUCAGUCGAGGCUUCCUCACGUUGAGCCCCGUCCUCCUCCCCGGCUCCGUGUCUGCUCAGACAGCCGUCAUAUUGGUUGCUCCAGGCAGAGAAGAGGAGCCCCACCAUGACGAGGAACGGGCUGUCGCGGCGGUUAAAGAUCAGUUUAGCGUUCAGAUCGCUCUGAUCAGUGUUUUUAGGGAUUUAUUAUUUAUUGUUUAUUAUUCGGGAUGAUACCAUCAAGAAUCAGUGUUCGUUCUGCGCUUUCGUCCGACGCCGUGGUCCUCUGGGGGGAUAUAUGCCCGACUUUUCUUCAUAGCCAUUUUUUACAGACAAAGAGAGCCGUUGAGUAGGGCUUCCUAAAAGAGACGGGUCCGAGGGGCUCCUUUUCCUGACGACAGUGGGCAACAUGUGGAGCAGCCUGAAGAGCAGAUGCCAGACUCUCUUCCACAGCACGGGAUCGGCUGAAAGCAGAGUAGAGGUAGAAACAGUCCAAUGUGUGGUGGAUCUGGGUGAGGCAGGCAACGCGGUCGAGGCCCGGGGCCCUGCCGCCGCCACCGCCAGCCCGUCAUGGAGCCUCAUGCCAGUGCCGGUGGUCGCUACAGGACGCCGCCAUCAUAACUGUGUGUCGGACAUCCCUCAGAUUGUAGAGAUCUCCAUUGAUAAGGAGUCUGAGGAUGCCAGAGGAACAUCUGGUGGUGUCCCGAUGGCACGGAGGGACUCUUAUUCCCGACACGCUCCAUGGGGGGGCAAGAAGAAGCACUCGUGCUCGACAAAAACCCAGAGCUCUCUGGAGGCGGACCGGCGUUCUGGGCGGCUGAGAGGCUGUGGGAACCGCCGUGACCGGCGUUACGGAAUCAGCUCUAUCCAGGAGAUCAACGACUCUGGAUCUGGAGGGAGGAGCCUGAACGCUCGCUCGCUGCGUCAGCGGCUGAGCGACACGGUCGGGCUGUGCUUGCCCCUACCAGCUCGGCGGCGCUCGCACCCUAAGAACCCCAUCAACUCCAAACGUAAAAUCCACCUGACCGAGCUCAUGCUGGAGACCUGCCCCUUCCCGCCGGGCUCCGACCUUGCACACAAGUGGCACUUGAUCAAGCAGCACACUGCGCCGGUCAGCCCUCAUUCCUCCACCGCCCUGCUGGACGCCUUCGACCCGGCCCACCCAUCACCGGAGGACGAAGAAGAGCGCCUGCGUGAGCGCCGCAGGCUCAGCAUCGAGGAAGGGGUCGACCCGCCUCCCAAUGCACAGAUUCACACCCUGGACGCCUCAGUGCCGGGCCCCUCUCUCUACAAACUUGGACCAAAGAUGGCUCCCGGCAUCAGCGAGGUCUCCGGGGAAGCACGCACCGGCAGCGCGUCCGGCUCAGUGGGCGCUACAUCGUCGGGGGCGUGCGGGUCGAUGUUGGGGGCUACGGCGGCGUCCCAAGACUGUGACUCUGAGGAGGACUCCACCACCUUAUGUCUUCAAGCCCGCAGGCCGAAGCAGCGGCACGCCUCCGGAGACGGCCACCAGAGCCGGCAGCAGCCCGGGCCCUGGAAAGUCCACACCCAGAUAGACUACAUCCACUGCCUGGUGCCGGACCUGCUGCAGAUCACCGCCCUGCCCUGCUACUGGGGCGUGAUGGACCGCUACGAGGCCGAGGCGCUGCUGGACGGCCGGCCGGAGGGGACCUUCCUGCUGCGCGACUCGGCCCAGGAGGACUACCUUUUCUCCGUCAGCUUCCGCCGCUACAACCGAUCGCUGCACGCCCGCAUUGAGCAGUGGAACCACAACUUCAGCUUCGACGCCCACGACCCGUGCGUCUUCCACUCUUCCACAGUCACCGGACUUCUGGAGCACUACAAGGACCCCAGCGCCUGCAUGUUCUUCGAGCCGCUGCUCACGGUGCCUCUCAACCGGACCUUCCCCUUCACCCUGCAGCACCUGGCCCGCGCCGCCAUCUGCCGAUGGACCACUUACGAUGGGAUUGGCUCCUUGCCUUUGCCCCCCGCCCUGCAGGACUUCCUCAAGGAGUAUCACUAUAAACAGAAAGUACGAGUCCGCUGGCUAGAGAGGGAGCCGCCACUCAAGGUGAAAUAAGAUGGGCCGAUUACAGAACUUCUUAGCCCGUUGAGAGGCCAUACUGACUUGGCUUCCUUUCUAUUGGAGAAUAGAAUCAAGUAUAACAAGCUAAAGUUCAUUCUAAUCUCUGUUUUUGGUAUUAACUUACAUCACUGAGAAUACAUGAUUAUAUUCAGUGUAACGCUG